AUGUUAACCUUAGCAAUUGGAGAUCUUUUCAUUCCAGACCGGGUCAUUCAGAUUCCUCCAAAGUUUCUCAAGCUUCUAGCGCCAAACUCAGGUUCAGUGCCAUCGAAUCCGAAAAUCUCUCUGGUGCUAUGCUUGGGCAAUAUCACCCAGUCCAAAGAAACUUUGAAGUUUCUCUAUACUUUGUCGCCCACACUUGAUGUUGUUCGUGGCGAAUUCGACGACUACGUUGUUUUGAGCCAGCAGCUCCAGCACUUGGCCGGAAAAAAGAGCCCGGUACCUCUACCUUUCUAUAAGGUGGUCACUGUGGACAACUUCCGGAUUGGAUUCACAAAUGGAUACCAAAUCGUGCCCAAAAGCGAUCCAUUAUCGUUGCUAGCAUUUGCACGGGAAAUUGAUGUGGAUAUUUUGAUUUGGGGUGGCACACACAAGGUGGAGGCUUACACAUUAGAUGGCAAAUUCUUCAUUAAUCCAGGUAGUGCCACGGGAGCCAUCAACUUCGAAUGGCCUGAGAAGGACGACGAAGAUGAGGAAGAUGAGGAAGAGGAAGAAGAGGAGGAGGGAAAGAGCCAUCUUGAAGAAGAUAAGGAGGAAGCCGACAACGCCGAAGAGAAGGAAGAUAAGGAUACAGAUGAGAAGGUUGAGAAAGAGGAGGAUGAAUUGGACGAAAACUUGGAGGUUGACCUCACGUCUUCAAUACCUUCCUUCUGCCUUUUGGAUACUCAGGGUAGCAAAUGCACCCUCUACAUCUACACGUAUAUGAAUGGCGAGGUAAAGGUUGACAAGGUGAUGUACCAAAAGGAAUAG